AUGGGCGCCUCCUCCUCACAGCCCCCAGAGCAUGGGCGCCUCCUCCUCAAAGCCCCCCAGAGCAUGGGCACCUCCUCCUCACAGCCUCCAGAGCAGCGGCACCUCCUCCUCACAGGCCCUCAGAGCAGCGGCACCUCCUCCUCACUGCCCCCCAGAGCAUGGGCGCCUCCUCCUCACAGCCUCCCAGAGCAUGGGCGCCUCCUCCUCAAAGCCCCCCAGAGCAUGGGCACCUCCUCCUCACAGCCUCCAGAGCAGCGGCACCUCCUCCUCACAGGCCCUCAGAGCAGCGGCGCCUCCUCCUCACAGCCCCCCAGAGCAGCGGCGCCUCCUCCUCACAGCCUCCCAGAGCAUGGGCGCCUCCUCCUCACAGCCCCCCAGAGCAGCGGCGCCUCCUCCUCACAGCCCCCCCAGAGCAUGGGCGCCUCCUCCUCACAGCCCCCCAGAGCAUGGGCGCCUUCUCCUCACAGCCCCCCAGAGCAUGGGCGCCUCCUCCUCACAGCCCCCCAGAGCAGCGGCGCCUCCUCCUCACAGCCCCCCAGAGCAGCGGCGCCUCCUCCUCACAGGCCCCCAGAGCAUGGGCGCGUCCUCCUCACAGCCCCCCAGAGCAGCAGCGCCUCCUCCUCACAGCACCCCAGAGCAGCGGCGCCUCCUCCUCACAGCCCCCCAGAGCAGCGGCGCCUCCUCCUCACAGGCCCCCAGAGCAGCGGCGCCUCCUCCUCACAGGCCCCCAGAGCAUGGGCGCCUCCUCCUCACAGCCCCCCAGAGCAUGGGCGCCUCCUCCUCACAGCCCCCCAGAGCAUGGGCGCCUCCUCCUCACAGCCCCCCAUAGCAUGGGCGCCUCCUCCUCCUCACAGCCCCCCAGAGCAUGGGCGCCUCCUCCUCACAGCCCCCCAGAGCAGCGGCGCCUCCUCCUCACAGCCCCCCAGAGCAGCGGCGCCUCCUCCUCACAGCCCCCCAGAGCAGCGGCGCCUCCUCCUCACAGCCUCCCAGAGCAUGGGCGCCUCCUCCUCACAGCCCCCCAGAGCAGCGGCGCCUCCUCCUCACAGCCCCCCAGAGCAUGGGCGCCUCCUCCUCCUCACAGCCCCCCAGAGCAUGGGCGCCUCCUCCUCCUCACAGGCCCCCAGAGCAUGGGCGCCUCCUCCUCACAGCCCCCCAGAGCAGCGGUGCCUCCUCCUCACAGCACCCCAGAAGCAUGGGCGCCUCCUCCUCACAGCCCCCCAGAGCAGCGGCGCCUCCUUCUCACAGUCCCCCAGAGCAUGGGCGCCUCCUCCUCACAACCCCCCAGAGCAGCGGCGCCUCCUCCUCACAGCUCCCCAGAGCAGUGGCGCCUCCUUCUUACAGCCCCCCCAAAGCAUGGGCGCCUCCUCCUCACAGCCCCCAGAGCAGCGGCGCCUCCUCCUCACAGCCCCCCAGAGCAUGGGCGCCUCCUCCUCACAGCCCCCCAGAGCAGCGGCGCCUCCUCCUCACAGCCCCCCAGAGCAGCGGCGCCUCCUCCUCACAGCCCCCCAGAGCAGCGGCGCCUCCUCCUCACUGCCCCCCAAAGCAUGGGCGCCUCCUCCUCACAGCCCCCCAGAGCAUGGGCGCCUCCUCCUCACAGCCCCCCAGAGCAUGGGCGCCUCCUCCUCACAGCCUCCCAGAGCAGCGGCGCCUCCUCCUCACAGCCCCCCAGAGCAUGGGCGCCUCCUCCUCACAGCCCCCAGAGCAGCGGCGCCUCCUCCUCACAGCCCCCCAGAGCAGCGGCGCCUCCUCCUCACAGCCCCCCAGAGCAGCGGCGCCUCCUCCUCACAGCCCCCCAGAGCAGCGGUGCCUCCUCCUCACAGCCCCCAGAGAAGCAGCGCCUCCUCCUCACAGCCCCCCGAGAGCAGCGGCGCCUCCUCCUCACAGCCCCCCAGAGCAUGGGCGCCUCCUCCUCACAGCCCCCCCAGAGCAUGGGCGCCUCCUCCUCACAGCCCCCCAGAGCAGCAGCGCCUCCUCCUCACAGUCCCCCAGAGCAUCGGCGCCUCCUCCUCACAGGCCCCCAGAGCAGCGGCGCCUCCUCCUCACAGUCCCCAGAGCAGCGGCGCCUCCUCCUCACAGCCCCCAAGAGCAGCGGCACCUCCUCCUCACAGCCCCCCAGAGCAGCGGCGCCUCCUCCUCACAGCCCCCAAGAGCAGCGGCACCUCCUCCUCACAGCACCCCAGAGCAUGGGCGCCUCCUCCUCACAGCCCCCAAGAGCAGCGGCGCCUCCUCCUCACAGUCCCCCAAAGCAUGGGCGCCUCCUCCUCACAGCCCCCCAGAGCAGCGGCGCCUCCUCCUCACAGCCCCCCAGAGCAGCGGCGCCUCCUCCUCACAGCACCCCAGAGCAUGGGCGCCUCCUCCUCACAGCUUCCCCAGAGCAUGGGCGCCACCUCCUCACAGCCCCCCAGACCAUGGGCGCCACCUCCUCACAGUCCCCCAGAGCAGCAGCGCCUCCUCCUCACAGUCCCCCAGAGCAUGGGCGCCUCCUCCUCACAGCCCCCCAGAGCAUGGGCGCCACCUCCUCACAGCCCCCCAGAGCAGCAGCGCCUCCUCCUCACAGUCCCCCAGAGCAGCGGCGCCUCCUCCUCACAGGCCCCCAGAGCAGCGGCGCCUCCUCCUCACAGCCCCCAAGAGCAGCGGCACCUCCUCCUCACAGCCCCCCUGAGCAUGGGCGCCUCCUCCUCACAGCCCCCCAGAGCAGCGGCGCCUCCUCCUCACACCCCCCCAGAGCAGCGGCGCCUCCUCUUCACAGCCCCCCAGAGCAGCGGCGACUCCUCCUCACAGCCCCCCAAAGCAUGGUCGCCUCCUCCUCACAGCCCCCCAGAGCAUGGGCGCCUCCUCCUCACAGCCCCCCAGAGCAUGGGCGCCUCCUCCUCACAGCCCCCCAGAGCAGCGGCGCCUCCUCCUCACAGCCCCCCAGAGCAGCGGCGCCUCCUCCUCACAGCACCCCAGAGCAUGGGCGCCUCCUCCUCACAGCCCCCCAGAGCAGCAGCGCCUCCUCCUCACAGCCCCCCCAGAGCAUGGGCGCCACCUCAUCACAGCCCCCCAGAGCAGCGGUGCCUCUCCCUCACAGCCCCCCAGAGCAGCGGCGCCUCCUCCUCACAGCCCCCCAGAGCAGCGGCGCCUCCUCCUCACAGCCCCCCAGAGCAUGGGCGCCUCCUCCUCACAGCCCCACAGAGCAGCAGCGCCUCCUCCUCACAGUCCCUCAGAGCAGAGGCGCCUCCUCCUCACAGACCCCCAGAGCAUGGGCGCCUCCUCCUCACAGCCCCCCAGAGUAUGGGCGCCUCCUCCUCACAGGCCCACAGAGCAGCAGCGCCUCCUCCUCACAGUCCCUCAGAGCAGAGGCGCCUCCUCCUCACAGACCCCCAGAGCAUGGGCGCCUCCUCCUCACAGCCCCCCAGAGCAUGGGCGCCACCUCCUCACAGCCCCCCAGAGCAGCAGCGCCUCCUCCUCACAGUCCCCCAGAGCAGCGGCGCCUCCUCCUCACAGGCCCCCAGAGCAGCGGCGCCUCCUCCUCACAGCCCCCAAGAGCAGCGGCACCUCCUCCUCACAGCCCCCCUGAGCAUGGGCGCCUCCUCCUCACAGCCCCCCAGAGCAGCGGCGCCUCCUCCUCACACCCCCCCAGAGCAGCGGCGCCUCCUCUUCACAGCCCCCCAGAGCAGCGGCGACUCCUCCUCACAGCCCCCCAAAGCAUGGUCGCCUCCUCCUCACAGCCCCCCAGAGCAUGGGCGCCUCCUCCUCACAGCCCCCCAGAGCAUGGGCGCCUCCUCCUCACAGCCCCCCAGAGCAGCGGCGCCUCCUCCUCACAGCCCCCCAGAGCAGCGGCGCCUCCUCCUCACAGCACCCCAGAGCAUGGGCGCCUCCUCCUCACAGCCCCCCAGAGCAGCAGCGCCUCCUCCUCACAGCCCCCCCAGAGCAUGGGCGCCACCUCAUCACAGCCCCCCAGAGCAGCGGUGCCUCUCCCUCACAGCCCCCCAGAGCAGCGGCGCCUCCUCCUCACAGCCCCCCAGAGCAGCGGCGCCUCCUCCUCACAGCCCCCCAGAGCAUGGGCGCCUCCUCCUCACAGCCCCCCAGAGCAGCGGCGCCUCCUCCUCACAGCCCCCCAGAGCAGCGGCGCCUCCUCCUCACAGCCCCCCAGAGCAUGGGCGCCUCCUCCUCACAGCCCCACAGAGCAGCAGCGCCUCCUCCUCACAGUCCCUCAGAGCAGAGGCGCCUCCUCCUCACAGACCCCCAGAGCAUGGGCGCCUCCUCCUCACAGCCCCCCAGAGCAUGGGCGCCUCCUCCUCACAGCCCCCCCAGAGCAUGGGCGCCUCCUCCUCCUCACAGCACCCCAGAGCAGCAGCGCCUCCUCCUCACAGUCCCCCAGAGCAUGGGCGCCUACUCCUCACAGCCCCCCAGAGCAGCGGCUCCUCCUCCUCACAGCCCCCAGAGCAGCGGCGCCUCCUCCUCACAGCCCCCCAGAGCAGCGGCGCCUCCUCCUCACUGCCCCCCAUAGCAUGGGCGCCUCCUCCUCACAGCCCCCCAGAGCAUGGGCGCCUCCUCCUCACAGCCCCCCAGAGCAGCGGCACCUCCUCCUCACUGCCCCCCAGAGCAUGGGCGCCUCCUCCUCACAGCCUCCCAGAGCAUGGGCGCCUCCUCCUCACAGCCCCCCAGAGCAUGGGCACCUCCUCCUCACAGCCUCCAGAGCAGCGGCACCUCCUCCUCACAGGCCCUCAGAGCAAGGGCGCCUCCUCCUCACAGCCCCCAGAGCAUGGGCGCCUCCUCCUUACAGCCCCCCAGAGCAUGGGCGCCUCCUCCUCACUGCCCCCCAGAUCAUGGGCGCCUCCUCCUCACAGCCCCCCAGAGCAGCGGAGCCUCCUCCUCACAGCCCCCCAGAGCAUAGGCGCCUCCUCCUCACAGCCCCCAGAGCAGCGGCGCCUCCUCCUCACAGCACCCCAGACCAUGGGCGCCUCCUCCUCACAGCUCCCCAGAGCAUGGAGGUCUCCUCCUCACAGCCCCCCAGAGCAGCGGCGCCUCCUCCUCACAGCCCCCCAGAGCAUGGGCGCCUCCUCCUCACAGCCCCCCAGAGCAGCGGCGCCUCCUCCUCACAGCCCCCCAGAGCAGCGGCGCCUCCUCCUCACAGCCCCCCAGAGCAGCGGCGCCUCCUCCUCACAGCCUCCCAGAGCAUGGGCGCCUCCUCCUCACAGCCCCCCAGAGCAGCGGCGCCUCCUCCUCACAGCCCCCCCAGAGCAUGGGCGCCUCCUCCUCACAGCCCCCCAGAGCAUGGGCGCCUUCUCCUCACAGCCCCCCAGAGCAUGGGCGCCUCCUCCUCACAGCCCCCCAGAGCAGCGGCGCCUCCUCCUCACAGCCCCCCAGAGCAGCGGCGCCUCCUCCUCACAGGCCCCCAGAGCAUGGGCGCAGCAGCGGCGCCUCCUCCUCACAGCCCCCCAGAGCAGCGGCGCCUCCUCCUCACAGCCCCCCAGAGCAGCGGCGCCUCCUCCUCACAGCCCCCCAGAGCAUAGGCGCCUCCUCCUCACAGCCCACCAGAGCAGCGGCGCCUCCUCCUCACUGCCCCCCAGAGCAUGGGCGCCUCCUCCUCACAGCCCUCAGAGCAGCGGCACCUCCUCCUCACAGGCCCCCAGAGCAUGGGCGCCUCCUCCUCACAGCCCCCCAGAGCAGCGGCGCCUCUCCCUCACAGCCCCCCAGAGCAGCAGCGCCUCCUCCUCACAGUCCUCCAGAGCAUGGGCGCCUCGUCCUCACAGCCCCCCAGAGCAGCGGCGCCUCCUCCUCACAGCCCCCCAGAGCAGCGGCGCCUCCUCCUCACAGCCCCCCAGAGCAUGGGCGCCUCCUCCUCACAGCCCCCCAGAGCAUGGGCGCCUCCUCCUCACAGCCCCCCAGAGCAUGGGCGCCUCCUCCUCCUCACAGGCCCCCAGAGCAUGGGCGCCUCCUCCUCACAGCCCCCCAGAGCAGCGGUGCCUCCUCCUCACAGCACCCCAGAGUAGCGACGCCUCCUCCUCACAGCACCCCAGAGCAGCGGCGCCUCCUCCUCACAGCCCCCCAGAGCAGCGGCGCCUCCUCCUCACAGCCCCCCAGAGCAGCGGCGCCUCCUCCUCACAGCCCCCCAGAGCAGCGGCGCCUCCUUCUCACAGUCCCCCAGAGCAUGGGCGCCUCCUCCUCACAACCCCCCAGAGCAGCGGCGCCUCCUCCUCACAGCUCCCCAGAGCAGUGGCGCCUCCUUCUUACAGCCCCCCCAAAGCAUGGGCGCCUCCUCCUCACAGCCCCCCAGAGCAGCAGCGCCUCCUCCUCACAGCACCCCAGAGCAGCGGCGCCUCCUCCUCACAGCCUCCCAGAGCAUGGGCGCCUCCUCCUCACAGCCCCCCAGAGCAGCGGCGCCUCCUCCUCACAGCCCCCCAGAGCAGCGGCGCCUCCUCCUCACUGCCCCCCAAAGCAUGGGCGCCUCCUCCUCACAGCCCCCCAGAGCAUGGGCGCCUCCUCCUCACAGCCCCCCCAGAGCAUGGGCGCCUCCUCCUCACAGCCCCCCCAGAGCAUGGGCGCUUCCUCCUCCUCACAGCCCCCCAGAGCAUGGGCGCCUCCUCCUCACAGCCCCCCAGAGCAUGGGCGCCUCCUCCUCACAGCCCCCCAGAGCAGCGGCGCCUCCUCCUCACAGCCCCCCAGAGCAGCGGCGCCUCCUCCUCACAGCCCCCCAGAGCAUGGGCGCCUCCUCCUCACACCCCCCCAGACCAUAGGCGCGUCCUCCUCACAGCCCCCAGAGCAACGGCGCCUCCUCCUCACAGCACCCCAGAGCAUGGGCGCCUCCUCCUCACAGCUCCCCAGAGCAUGGGCGCCUCCUUCUCACAGCCCCCCAGAGCAGUGGCGCCUCCUCCUCACAGCCCCCCCAGAGCAUGGGCGCCUCCUCCUCACAGCCCCCCAGAGCAGCAGCGCCUCCUCCUCACAGUCCCCCAGAGCAGCGGCGCCUCCUCCUUACAGUCCCCCAGAGCAGCGGCGCCUCCUCCUCACAGGCCCCCAGAGCAGCGGCGCCUCCUCCUCACAGUCCCCAGAGCAGCGGCGCCUCCUCCUCACAGCCCCCUAGAGCAGCGGCACCUCCUCCUCACAGCCCCCCAGAGCAUGGGCGCCUCCUCCUCACAGCCCCCCAGAGCAUGGGCGCCUCCUCCUCACAGCCCCCCCAGAGCAGCGGCGCCUCCUCCUCACAGCACCCCAGAGCAGCGGCGCCUCCUCCUCACAGCCCCCCAGAGCAGCGGCGCCUCCUCCUCACAGCCCCCCAGAGUAGGGGCGCCACCUCCUCACAGCCCCCAGAGCAGCGGCGCCUCCUCCUCACAGCCCCCCAGAGCAUGGGCGCCUCCUCCUCACAGCCCCCUAGAGCAGCGGCGCCUCCUCACAGCACCCCAGAGCAGCGGCGCCUCCUCCUCACAGCCCCCCAGAGUAUGGGCGCCUCCUCCUCACAGCCCCCCAGAGCAUGGGCGCCUCCUCCUCACAGCCCCCCAGAGCAUGGGCGCCUCCUCCUCACAGCCCCCCAGAGCAUGGGCGCCUCCUCCUCACAGCCCCCCAGAGCAGCGGCGCCUCCUCCUCACAGCCCCCAGAGCAGCGGCGCCUCCUCCUCACAGUCCCCCAGAGCAUGGGCGCCUCCUCCUCACAACCCCCCAGAGCAGCGGCGCCUCCUCCUCACAGCUCCCCAGAGCAGCGGCGCCUCCUCCUCACAGCCUCCCAGAGCAUGGGCGCCUCCUCCUCACAGCCCCCAGAGCAGCGGCACCUCCUCCUCAAAGGCCCCCAGAGCAGCGGCGCCUCCUCCUCACAGUCCCCAGAGCAGAGGCGCCUCCUCCUCACAGCCCCCCAGAGCAGCGGCGCCUCCUCCUCACAGCCCCCCAUUGCAGCGGCGCCUCCUCCUCACAGCCCCCCAGAGCAUGGGCGCCUCCUCCUCACAGCCUCCCAGAGCAUGGGCGCCUCCUCCUCACAGCACCCCAGAUCAGCAGCGCCUCCUCCUCACAGCCUCCCAGAGCAUGGGCGCCUCCUCCUCAUAGCCCCCAGAGCAGCGGCGCCUCCUCCUCACAGCCCCCAGAGCAGCAGCGCCUCCUCCUCACAGCCCCCAAGAGCAGCGGCGCCUCCUCCUCACUGCCCCCCAGAGCAUGGGCGCCUCCUCCUCACAACCCCCCAGAGCAUGGGCGCCUCCUCCUCACAGCCCCCCAGAGCAUGGGCGCCUCCUCCUCACAGCCUCCCAGAGCAGCGGCGCCUCCUCCUCACAGCCCCCAGAGCAGCGGCGCCUCCUCCUCACAGCCCCCCAGAGCAGCGGCGCCUCCUCCUCACAGUCCCCCAGAGCAUGGGCGCCUCCUCCUCACAGCUCCCCAGAGCAUGGGCGACUCCUCCUCACAGCUCCCCAGAGCAUGGGCGCCUCCUCCUCACAGCCCCCCCAGAGCAUGGCCGCCUCCUCCUCACAGCCCCCCAGAGCAGCGGCGCCUCCUCCUCACAGCCCCGCAAAGCAGCGGCGCCUCCUCCUCACAGCCCCCCAAAGCAGCGGGGCCUCCUCCUCACAGCCCCCCAGAGCAUGGGCGCCUCCUCCUCACAGCCCCCCAGAGCAUGGGCGCCUCCUCCUCACAGCCCCCCAGAGCAUGGGCGCCUCCUCCUCACAGCCCCCCAGAGCAGCGGCGCCUCCUCCUCACAGCCCCCCAGAGCAGCGGCGCCUCCUCCUCACAGCCCCCCAGAGCAGCGGCGCCUCCUCCUCACAGCCCCCCAGAGCAUGGGCGCCUCCUCCUCACACCCCCCCAGACCAUAGGCGCGUCCUCCUCACAGCCCCCAGAGCAACGGCGCCUCCUUCUCACAGCACCCCAGAGCAUGGGCGCCUCCUCCUCACAGCUCCCCAGAGCAUGGGCGCCUCCUUCUCACAGCCCCCCAGAGCAAGCAUGGGCGCCUCCUCCUCACAGCCCCCAGAGCAGCGACGCCUCCUCCUCACAGCCCCCCAGAGCAGCGGCGCCUCUCUCUCACAGCCCCCCAGAGCAGCGGCGCCUCCUCCUCACAGCCCCCCAGAGCAUGGGCGCCUCCUCCUCACAGCCCCCCAGAGCAUGGGCGCCACCUCCUCACAGCCCCCCAGAGCAGCAGCGCCUCCUCCUCACAGUCCCCCAGAGCAGCGGCGCCUCCUCCUUACAGUCCCCCAGAGCAGCGGCGCCUCCUCCUCACAGGCCCCCAGAGCAGCGGCGCCUCCUCCUCACAGUCCCCAGAGCAGCGGCGCCUCCUCCUCACAGCCCCCCAGAGCAGCGGCACCUCCUCCUCACAGCCCCCCAGAGCAUGGGCGCCUCCUCCUCACAGCCCCCCAGAGCAUGGGCGCCUCCUCCUCACAGCCCCCCCAGAGCAGCGGCGCCUCCUCCUCACAGCACCCCAGAGCAGCGGCGCCUCCUCCUCACAGCCCCCCAGAGCAGCGGCGCCUCCUCCUCACAGCCCCCCAGAGUAGGGGCGCCACCUCCUCACAGCCCCCAGAGCAGCUGCGCCUCCUCCUCACAGCCCCCCAGAGCAUGGGCGCCUCCUCCUCACAGCCCCCCAGAGUAUGGGCGCCUCCUCCUCACAGCCCCCCAGAGCAUGGGCGCCUCCUCCUCACAGCCCCCCAGAGCAUGGGCGCCUCCUCCUCACAGCCCCCCAGAGCAGCGGCGCCUCCUCCUCACAGCCCCCAGAGCAGCGGCGCCUCCUCCUCACAGUCCCCCAGAGCAUGGGCGCCUCCUCCUCACAACCCCCCAGAGCAGCGGCGCCUCCUCCUCACAGCUCCCCAGAGCAGUGGCGCCUCCUCCUUACAGCCCCCCCAGAGCAUGGGCGCCUCCUCCUCACAGCCCCCCAGAGCAGCAGCGCCUCCUCCUCACAGCACCCCAGAGCAGCGGCGCCUCCUCCUCACAGCCUCCCAGAGCAUGGGCGCCUCCUCCUCACAGCCCCCAGAGCAGCGGCACCUCCUCCUCAAAGGCCCCCAGAGCAGCGGCGCCUCCUCCUCACAGUCCCCAGAGCAGAGGCGCCUCCUCCUCACAGCCCCCCAGAGCAGCGGCGCCUCCUCCUCACAGCCCCCCAUUGCAGCGGCGCCUCCUCCUCACAGCCCCCAAGAGCAGCGGCGCCUCCUCGUCACUGCCCCCCAAAGCAUGGGCGCCUCCUCCUCACAGCCUCCCAGAGCAUGGGCGCCUCCUCCUCACAGCCCCCCCAGAGCAUGGGCGCCUCCUCCUCACAGCACCCCAGAUCAGCAGCGCCUCCUCCUCACAGCCUCCCAGAGCAUGGGUGCCUCCUCCUCAUAGCCCCCAGAGCAGCGGCGCCUCCUCCUCACAGCCCCCAGAGCAGCAGCGCCUCCUCCUCACAGCCCCCAAGAGCAGCGGCGCCUCCUCCUCACUGCCCCCCAGAGCAUGGGCGCCUCCUCCUCACAGCCCCCCAGAGCAUGGGCGCCUCCUCCUCACAGCCUCCCAGAGCAGCGGCGCCUCCUCCUCACAGCCCCCAGAGCAGCGGCGCCUCCUCCUCACAGCCCCCCAGAGCAGCAGCGCCUCCUCCUCACAGCCCCCCAGAGCAACGGCGCCUCCUCCUCACAGCACCCCAGAGCAGCGGCGCCUCCUCCUCACAGCCCCCCAGAGCAUGGGCGCCUCCUCCUCACUGCCCCAAAGAGCAUGGGCGCCUCCUCCUCAGAGCCCCCCAGAGCAGCGGCGCCUCCUCCUCACAGCCCCCCAGAGCAUAGGCGCCUCCUCCUCACAGCCCCCAGAGCAGCGGCGCCUCCUCCUCACAGCACCCCAGAGCAUGGGCGCCUCCUCCUCACAGCCCCCCAGAGCAUGGGCGCCACCUCCUCACAGCCCCCCAGAGCAGCAGCGCCUCCUCCUCACAGUCCCCCAGAGCAGCGGCGCCUCCUCCUUACAGUCCCCCAGAGCAGCGGCGCCUCCUCCUCACAGGCCCCCAGAGCAGCGGCGCCUCCUCCUCACAGUCCCCAGAGCAGCGGCGCCUCCUCCUCACAGCCCCCCAGAGCAGCGGCACCUCCUCCUCACAGCCCCCCAGAGCAUGGGCGCCUCCUCCUCACAGCCCCCCAGAGCAUGGGCGCCUCCUCCUCACAGCCCCCCCAGAGCAGCGGCGCCUCCUCCUCACAGCACCCCAGAGCAGCGGCGCCUCCUCCUCACAGCCCCCCAGAGCAGCGGCGCCUCCUCCUCACAGCCCCCCAGAGUAGGGGCGCCACCUCCUCACAGCCCCCAGAGCAGCGGCGCCUCCUCCUCACAGCCCCCCAGAGCAUGGGCGCCUCCUCCUCACAGCCCCCUAGAGCAGCGGCGCCUCCUCCUCACAGCCCCCCAGAGUAUGGGCGCCUCCUCCUCACAGCCCCCCAGAGCAUGGGCGCCUCCUCCUCACAGCCCCCCAGAGCAUGGGCGCCUCCUCCUCACAGCCCCCCAGAGCAUGGGCGCCUCCUCCUCACAGCCCCCCAGAGCAGCGGCGCCUCCUCCUCACAGCCCCCAAAGCAGCGGCGCCUCCUCCUCACAGUCCCCCAGAGCAUGGGCGCCUCCUCCUCACAACCCCCCAGAGCAGCGGCGCCUCCUCCUCACAGCUCCCCAGAGCAGUGGCGCCUCCUCCUUACAGCCCCCCCAGAGCAUGGGCGCCUCCUCCUCACAGCCCCCCAGAGCAGCAGCGCCUCCUCCUCACAGCACCCCAGAGCAGCGGCGCCUCCUCCUCACAGCCUCCCAGAGCAUGGGCGCCUCCUCCUCACAGCCCCCAGAGCAGCGGCACCUCCUCCUCAAAGGCCCCCAGAGCAGCGGCGCCUCCUCCUCACAGUCCCCAGAGCAGAGGCGCCUCCUCCUCACAGCCCCCCAGAGCAGCGGCGCCUCCUCCUCACAGCCCCCCAUUGCAGCGGCGCCUCCUCCUCACAGCCCCCCAGAGCAGCGGCGCCUCCUCGUCACUGCCCCCCAAAGCAUGGGCGCCUCCUCCUCACAGCCCCCCAGAGCAUGGGCGCCUCCUCCUCACAGCCCCCCAGAGCAUGGGCGCCUCCUCCUCACAGCACCCCAGAUCAGCAGCGCCUCCUCCUCACAGCCUCCCAGAGCAUGGGUGCCUCCUCCUCAUAGCCCCCAGAGCAGCGGCGCCUCCUCCUCACAGCCCCCAGAGCAGCAGCGCCUCCUCCUCACAGCCCCCAAGAGCAGCGGCGCCUCCUCCUCACUGCCCCCCAGAGCAUGGGCGCCUCCUCCUCACAGUCCCCCAGAGCAUGGGCGCCUCCUCCUCACAGCCCCCCAGAGCAUGGGCGCCUCCUCCUCACAGCCUCCCAGAGCAGCGGCGCCUCCUCCUCACAGCCCCCCAGAGCAGCGGCGCCUCCUCCUCACAGCCCCGCAGAGCAACGGCGCCUCCUCCUCACUGCCCCCCAGAGCAUGGGCGCCUCCUCCUCACAGCCCCCCAGAGCAUGGGCGCCUCCUCCUCACUGCCCCAAAGAGCAUGGGCGCCUCCUCCUCAGAGCCCCCCAGAGCAGCGGCGCCUCCUCCUCACAGCCCCCCAGAGCAUAGGCGCCUCCUCCUCACAGCCCCCAGAGCAGCGGCGCCUCCUCCUCACAGUCCCCCAGAGCAUGGGCGCCUCCUCCUCACAGCCCCCCAGAGCAUGGGCGCCUCCUCCUCACAGCUCCCCAGAGCAUGGGCGCCUCCUCCUCACAGCCCCCCCAGAGCAUGGGCGCCUCCUCCUCACAGCCCCCCAGAGCAUGGGCGCCUCCUCCUCACAGCCCCCCAAAGCAGCGGCGCCUCCUCCUCACAGCCCCCCAAUGCAGCGGGGCCUCCUCCUCACAGCCCCCCAAAGCAACGGCGCCUCCUCCUCACAGCCCCCCCAGAGCAUGGGCGCCUCCUCCUCACAGCCCCCCAGAGCAUGGGCGCCUCCUCCUCACAGCCCCCCAGAGCAGCGGCGCCUCUCCCUCACAGCCCCCCAGAGCAUGGGCGCCUCCUCCUCACACCCCCCCAGACCAUAGGCGCGUCCUCCUCACAGCCCCCAGAGCAACGGCGCCUCCUCCUCACAGCACCCCAGAGCAUGGGCGCCUCCUCCUCACAGCUCCCCAGAGCAUGGGCGCCUCCUUCUCACAGCCCCCCAGAGCAGUGGCGCCUCCUCCUCACAGCCCCCCCAGAGCAUGGGCGCCUCCUCCUCACAGCUCCCCAGAGCAUGGGCGCCUCCUCCUCACAGCCCCCCAUAGCAGCGGCGCCUCCUCCUCACAGCCCCCCAGAGCAUGGGCGCCUCCUCCUCAAAGCCCCCAGAGCAGCGACGCCUCCUCCUCACAGCCCUACAGAGCAGCGGCGCCACUCUCUCACAGCCCCCCAGAGCAGCGGCGCCUCCUCCUCACAGCCCCCCAGAGCAUGGGCGCCUCCUCCUCACAGCCCCCCAGAGCAUGGGCGCCUCCUCCUCACAGCCCCCCCAGAGCAUGGGCGCCUCCUCCUCACAGCCCCCCAGAGCAGCGGCGACUCCUCCUCACAGCCCCCCAGAGCAGCGGCGCCUCCUCCUCACAGUCCCCCAGAGCAUGGGCGCCUCCUCCUCACAACCCCCCAGAGCAGCGGCGCCUCCUCUUCACAGCUCCCCAGAGCAGUGGCGCCUCCUCCUUACAGCCCCCCCAGAGCAUGGGCGCCUCCUCCUCACAGCCCCCCAGAGCAGCAGCGCCUCCUCCUCACAGCACCCCAGAGCAGCGGCGCCUCCUCCUCACAGCCUCCCAGAGCAUGGGCGCCUCUUCCUCACAGCCCCCAGAGCAGCGGCACCUCCUCCUCAAAGGCCCCCAGAGCAGCGGAGCCUCCUCCUCACAGUCCCCAGAGCAGAGGCGCCUCCUCCUCACAGCCCCCCAGAGCAUGGGCGCCUCCUCCUCACAGCCCCCCAGAGCAGCGGCGCCUCCUCCUCACAGCCCCCCAGAGCAGCGGCGCCUCCUCCUCACAGCCCCCCAGAGCAUGGGCGCCUCCUCCUCACAGCCCCCCCAGAGCAGCGGCGCCUCCUCCUCACAGCCCCCAGAGCAGCGGCGCCUCCUCCUCACAGCCCCCCAGAGCAGCGGCGCCUCCUCCUCACUGCCCCCCAGAGCAUGGGCGCUUCCUCCUCACAGCCCCCCAGAGCAUGGGCGCCUCCUCCUCACAGCCCCCCAGAGCAUGGGCGCCUCCUCCUCACAGCCCCCAGAGCAGCGGCGCCUCCUCACACCCCCCAGAGCAUGGGCGCCUCCUCCUCACAACCCCACAGAGCAGCGGCGCCACCUCCUCACAGCUCCCCAGAGCAGUGGCGCCUCCUCCUCACAGCCCCCCAGAGCAUGGGCGCCUCCUCCUCACAGCCCCCCAGAGCAUGGGCGCCUCCUCCUCACAGCCCCUCAGAGCAGCGGCGCCUCCUCCUCACAGCCCCCCAGAGCAUGGGCGCCUCCUCCUCACAGCCCCCCAGAGCAUGGGCGCCUCCUCCUCACAGCACCCCAGAGCAGUGGCGCCUCUCCCUCACAGCCCCCGAGAGCAGCGGCGCCUCCUCCUCACAGCCCCCCAGAGCAUGGGCGCCUCCUCCUCACAGCUCCCCAGAGCAUGGGCGCCUCCUCCUCACAGCCCCCUCAGAGCAUGGGCGCCUCCUCCUCACAGCCCCCCAGAGCAUGGGCGCCACCUCCUCACAGCCCCCCAGAGCAGCGGUGCCUCCUCCUCACAGUCCCCCAGAGCAGCGGCGCCUCCUCCUCACAGCCCCCCAGAGCAUGGGCGCCUCCUCCUCACAGCCCCCCAGAGCAUGGGCGCCUCCUCCUCACAGGAACCCAGAGCAUGGGCGCCUCCUCCUCACAGCCCCCCAGAGCAGCGGUGCCUCCUCCUCACAGCACCCCAGAGCAGCGGCGCCUCCUCCUCACAGCCCCCCAGAGCAUGGGCGCCUCCUCCUCACAGCCCCCCAGAGCAGCGGCGCCUCUCCCUCACAUCCCCCAAGAGCAGCGGCGCCUCCUCCUCACAGCCCCCCAGAGCAGCGGCGCCUCCUCCUCACAGCCCCCCAGUGCAUGGGCGCCUCCUCCUCAUAGCCCCCCCAGAGCAUGGGCGCCUCCUCCUCACAGCUCCCCAGAGCAUGGGCGCCCCUCCUCACAGCCCCCCAGAGCAGUGGCGCCUCCUCCUCACAGCCCCCCAGAGCAGCGGCGCCUCCUCCUCACAGCCCCCCAGAGCAUGGGCGCCUCCUCCUCACAGCCCCCCCAGAGCAUGGGCGCCUCCUCCUCACUGCUCCCCAGAGCAUGGGCGCCCCUCCUCACAGCCCCCCAGAGCAUGGGCGCCUCCUCCUCACAGCCCCCCAGAGCAUGGGCGCCUCCUCCUCACAGCCCCCCAGAACAGCGGCGCCUCCUCCUCACAGCCCCCCAGAGCAUGGGCGCCUCCUCCUCACAGCCCCCCCAGAGCAUGGGCGCCUCCUCCUCACAGCUCCCCAGAGCAUGGGCGCCCCUCCUCACAGCCCCCCAGAGCAUGGGCACCUCCUCCUCACAGCCCCCCAGAGCAGCGGCGCCUCCUCCUUACAGCCACCCAGAGCAGUGGCGCCUCCUCCUCACAGCCCCCCAGAGCAGCAGCGCCUCCUCCUCACAGUCCUCCAGAGCAGCGGCGCCUCCUCCUCACAGCUCCCCAGAGCAGUGGCGCCUCCUCCUCACAGGCCCCCCAGAGCAUGAGCGCCUCCUCCUUACAGCCCCCCAGAGCAUCGGCGCCUCCUCCUUACAGCCCCCCAGAGCAUGGGCGCCUCCUCCUCACAGCUCCCCAGAGCAUGGGCGCCUCCUCCUCACAGCCCCCCCAGAGCAUGGGCGCCUCCUCCUCACAGCCCCCCAGAGCAUGGGCGCCUCCUCCUCACAGGCCCCCAGAGCAUGGGCGCCUCCUCCUAACAGCCCCCAAGAGCAGCAGCGCCUCCUCCUCACAGCACCCCAGAGCUGCGGCGCCUCCUUCUCACAGCCCCCCAGAGUAUGGGCGCCUCCUCCUCACAGCCCCCCAGAGCAUGGGCGCCUCCUCCUCACAGCCCCCCAGAGCAUGGGCGCCUCCUCCUCACAGCCCCCCAGAGCAGCGGCGCCUCUCCCUCACAGCCCCCCAGAGCAGCGGCGCAUCCUCCUCACAGCCCCCCAGAGCAUGGGCGCCUCCUCCUCACAGCUCCCUAGAGCAUGGGCGCCUCCUCCUCACAACCCACCCAGAGCAUGAGCGCCUCCUCCUCCUCACAGCCCCCCAGAGCAUGGGCGCCUCCUCCUCACAGGCCCCCAGAGCAUGGGCGCCUCCUCCUCUCAGCCCCCCAGAGCAGCAGCGCCUCCUCCUCACAGCACCCCAGAGGAGCGGCGCCUCCUCCUCACAGCCCCCCAGAGCAGCGGCGCCUCCUCCUCACAGCCCCCCAGAGCAGCGGCGCCUCCUCCUCACAUUCCCCCAGAGCAUGGGCGCCUCCUCCUCACAGCCCCCCAAAGCAGCAGCGCCUCCUCCUCACAGUCCCCCAGAGCAUGGGCGCCUCCUCCUCACAGACCCCCCAGAGCAUGCGCGCCUCCUCCUCACAGCCCCCCAGAGCAUGGGCGCCUCCUCCUCACAGCCCCCCAGAGCUUGGGCGCCUCCUCCUCACAGCCCCCUAGAGCAGCGGCGCCUCCUCCUCACAGGUCCCCAGAGCAGCGGCGCCUCCUCCUCACUGGCCCCCAGAGCAGCGGCGCCUCCUCCUCACAGCCCCCCAGAGCAUGGGCGCCUCCUCCUCACAGCCCCCUAG